UUUUCUGCCCAAGCCAAACCGUCCAAUGUGUAUGUGUGUGUAUAUAGCUCUGCCUCUGUGUAGCGUGUGUAGCUCAAUCUCUGUGUGGUGAAUAGAAAAAUACAGAAGAUGAUGCACAUGACCAUAUACUGGGGGAAGAAGGUGAUCCUCUUUGUAGACUGGUGGAGGACCAAGACAUGGACGAGUUACCUUCUCACGUUACUCGCCUGCUUCCUCUUCUCUGCCUUCUACCAGUACAUGGAGGGCCAUCGGCUCCGCUUCAAGUCCUCCACCUCCAAGACCUCCUCCACGAUGCCGUCCAUCACUGCUCCGCUUCUCUCCAAAAUUGGCCGCACCCGCCCAGUAAUUAGCCCUGCCCGCCUCGCCGCCUCCCUGUUGUUCGGGGCAAACACGGUGAUAGGGUAUCUUCUUAUGUUGGCCAUCAUGUCAUGUAACGGAGGGGUCUUUCUAGCCAUUGUGUUGGGGCUAUCUUUUGGGCAUUAUUUGUUUAGGAGUGGAGAUGAGUGAGGUGACCAUGAUCGAGACCCUAUCCCAUCGUGCUUUAGAUUUUUUAGUUGUUUUUAAGAGUUUAAAUUUAGGCCUAAUAAUGUUAUAUUAAUCAUUACUUGUUAUCUUUAUUACUCUAUAUGGGAACUCAUAACACGUUAGAC